GCAUACUAUGUUUUAGAUGAAUUGAUUAUUGCGGGUGAGAUGCAAGAAUCAAGCAAAAAAGCAGUAUUACGUGUAGUUAAUCAACAAGAUUCGUUGGAAGAAGGCGAAAAUGGAGAGAAAGGAUGGCCAGAAAAAUCAUAA